AGUUCCCCUGGCCCCGUUCGAUGAUCCAGUACCGUAACUCAACCCUACCUUGGCGAUAUGCCAUUACUGCGCUAUGUAUCAUAUUAUAGUACUGUCCUCGGGUACGCUUAGCCCUUAUUAUUUAGGUAAUAUCCCAAGUUAUACGAUUGAACCCUACCGCGAGCCUUACCCUACCCCGACCCGAUCUGAGUUUCUACUCGUAGUCUAUCAUACUCCAUCCACCCGUUUUGCGCAGCCCCCACCUCUGGGGAAAAAAGUAAAAUAAAAAAUUCCCCACACCGAAUCAGACAUGUCCUCCAUAAAAAAUAAACUUCACAACAUCAUCGCCGACGUGCGCGAAGCGAAGGCCGCAGCGCAAAGCCACAACGUAGGAUCCUAUCAUGCUCCCCCCACCACCGAUAUGCAUGACCAGCAGCGCUUCCCUCCGCCUCCACCGAAGAGUUUGCCCCACGGGUGGACCGCGAGGUACGAUGAGAAGGAGGGGAAAUUCGCCUAUUGCAUGGGAGUCGAUGGGGUCGAGCAGUGGGAGUUUCGUACGUACCCUAUCCAUCCACCAGGGCUUGUCAGGGUGGAGAAAUUCUGACGGGCAGCGUUGGGUCUAGCCGUGGAGGCGAGGGUUGUAAGAGAGGGGGGUGGGAGCGGGGCCACGAUAUGCCCCACGGUCGAUGCUGCGCCGGGUGCUGCGGCCGCUGGGACUGUUGGUACCGAGGCCGGCGCUGGCCUGGCCACUGAGAGCAAGGGGAAGGGAAGAGAGCUUCCCGGUAGCAGCGGCCAAUAG